CGGCCCCCGGUGCGGCGCGGGGAAGGCGGGAGCGGCGCGGUCCUCCACGCUCCCACAAUGCCCCGCUGUCCCCGCCCGCCUCCCCGCUCGGGGCACAUGCUCGGUGCGUGGCGCCGGCCCGGCCUGUUCCCGGCCCCGUCAGCACUCCCGGCACCCCCGGCAUGGCCCCCCCCACAGGGAAUGUCGUGGACAGCCAGGCGCCCCGGCUCGUGGCCAACCAGCUGCGCUGGGACCUGACGGCCGAGCAGAUCGAGGCCAUGGCCGCCGAGCUCACCGAGAGCACCAAGCUCGUGUACGACCGGGUGGGCAGCCAGGAGAGGGGGGAGGUGUCCUACGAGAACACCCUGAAGGCCCUGGCGGACGUGGAGGUGGAAUACACAGUGCGCCGGAACAUGCUGGAUUUCCCCCAGCACGUGUCCCCCUGCAAGGCCAUCCGCGCCGCCAGCACCGAGGCCGACAAGAAGCUCUCGGAGUUCGACGUGGAGAUGAGCAUGAGGCAGGACGUGUACCAGAGGAUUGUCUGGCUCCAGGAGAAAGCAGAAAGUGCUUCCCUGAAACCUGAGGCAAAGAGGUACCUGGAGAGGCUGAUCAAGCUGGGAAAGAGGAACGGGCUCCAUCUCCCCGAGGAGACACAGGAGAAAAUCAAAGCUAUUAAGAAAAAGCUGAGUGUCCUGUGCAUAGACUUCAACAAGAACCUCAAUGAAGACACCACCUUCCUGCCCUUCUCCAAGGAGGAAUUAGGGGGGCUCCCUGAGGAUUUCCUGAACUCCCUGGAGAAGACGGAGGAUGGGAAGCUGAAGGUCACCUUGAAAUACCCACAUUACUUCCCUCUGCUGAAGAAGUGCUAUGUGCCCGAGACGAGGAGGAAGGUGGAGGAGAUGUUCAACUCCAGGUGCAAAGAGGAGAACUGCCUGAUCCUGAAGGAGCUGGUGGAUUUACGGGCUCAGAAGGCCAAUCUGCUGGGCUUCAGCACCCACGCGGACUUUGUGCUGGAGAUGAACAUGGCCAAGAGCAGCACGACGGUGGCCACGUUCCUGGAUGAGCUGGCCCAGAAGCUGAAGCCCCUCGGGGAGAAGGAGCGGGCCGUGAUCCUGGACCUGAAGAAGAAGGAGUGCGAGAAGCGCGGGCUGGAGUUUGACAACCGCAUCAACGCCUGGGACAUGCGCUACUACAUGAACCAGGUGGAGGAGACCAAGUACAGCGUGGACCAGAACCUGCUGAAGGAGUAUUUCCCCAUGCAGGUGGUCACCACGGGCCUCCUGGCCAUCUACCAGGAGCUGCUGGGGCUCACCUUCCACCUGGAGGAGAAGGCGCCGGUGUGGCACGAGGACGUGCAGCUCUACACGGUGAAGGACACGUCCUCCGGAGAGACCAUCGGGAAGUUCUACCUGGACCUGUACCCACGGGAAGGGAAGUACGGGCACGCUGCCUGCUUCGGCCUGCAGCCGGGCUGCCUGCUGCCGGACUCCAGCCGGCAGAUCUCGGUGGCCGCCAUGGUGGCCAACUUCACCAAGCCCACGCCGGACGCCCCUUCCCUGCUGCAGCACGACGAGGUGGAGACGUACUUCCACGAAUUCGGGCACGUCAUGCACCAGCUGUGCUCCCAGGCCGAGUUUGCCAUGUUCAGCGGGACACACGUGGAGAGGGACUUCGUGGAGGCCCCGUCCCAGAUGUUGGAGAACUGGGUGUGGGAGAAGGAGCCGCUGCUGCGCAUGUCCAGGCACUACAAAACAGGGAGCCCCAUCCCGGAUGAGCUGCUGGAGAAGCUCAUUAAAUCCCGGCAGGCAAACACGGGGCUCUUCAACCUGCGCCAGAUCGUCCUGGCCAAGGUGGACCAGGCGCUGCACACCCAGACCAAGGCCGACCCCGUGGAGGUGUUUGCCCGGCUGUGUGAAGAGGUGCUGGGUGUCCCUGCUACCCCAGGGACGAACAUGCCGGCCACCUUCGGCCACCUGGCCGGGGGCUACGACGCGCAGUACUACGGCUACCUCUGGAGCGAGGUGUUCUCCAUGGACAUGUUCCACACCCGCUUCAAGCAGGAGGGCAUCAUGAACUGCAAGGUAGGGAGAGCCCCCUGA